CACCGAGAAAUACGUGUGGGAGAAGUUAAAAAUUGGAGGUGAAUUGUUCGUGAAUUUACGAUGAACGCUGAUUUAUUAUGUUAGAUAUUAUUUAUUUACCGCCACAUUUUGGUUGGUCCGCAGUCUUGAAGUGGACAUUUUUAAGUGUACCUAUCAGCAACAGAUUUCAUUGAUAGAUUUGUGCAAGAAGAUGACGGAUUUUAUCCGCGAUUGUGUUAUUAUUUCCGUUUGCUAGUGUUUAUUGUUCACGAUGAAUUCAAGUUCGAGAUCUUCGAACGUCAGCCUCAAGCCUAUAGAAGUUCCGAAGGCAUUACAGGAGGGUGAAAAAUUCAUCAAGUGGGAUGAGGACUCUGGAACCGGCCUCCCGGUCACCCUUCGGGUGGACCCCAAGGGCUUCUUCAUGUACUGGACGGACCAGAACAUGGAGGUGGAGCUCCUGGACAUUGCCACCAUCAGGGAUGUCCGGACCGGCGUCCAUGCUAAACUUCCUAAGGAUCCAAAAAUCCGGCAUGUGGUGCUGAUCGGGUCCCAGGGGUCGCUGGAGGAGAAGACCGUGACAGUGUGCUAUGGUGCCGACUUUGUGAACGUCACCUUCGUGAACUUCUGCUGCACCAGAAAGGAGAUUGCACAAAUGUGGACGGAGGAGCUGUUUGCGCUGGCGUACAACCUGAACCAGCUCAAUAACCCCACCAUCAAGUUCCUGGAGAAGCUGCACACGAAGAUUGUCCUCAAGGCAGACAAGUCAGGGAAGAUCCUAGUCAAAAACAUCGUGCGACUCUUCGCACAGAACAAGGAGGAUAAGAAGCGAGUGGAGAAGGCACUUAGCGAGUCGGGCCUUCCUACGGGCAAGAACGAUACCAUUUCGCAGUCCAAGUUCCAAUUCGAAGACUUCUUCUCUUUUUAUAAGAGUCUCACGCAGCGUGGCGAGGUGCAGAAGAUAUUCAAUACAUUAACGGACGGCAAGCCCUACCUGUCAGCUACCCAACUGGUGGAAUUCCUAAACGACAUCCAACGGGAUCCACGCCUGAACGAAAUCCUCCACCCGUACGCCGACAUCCAGAAGGCCAAGGACCUUAUCAAGGCGUAUGAGCACAACAAGUACCACCAGCAGCGCUCGCAGCUCACCUUUGACGGGUUUUUGAGGUUUCUAAUGUCAGAAGACAACCCAAUCGUCGCGCCUAACAAGCUGGAUCUUUGCGACGACAUGGAACAACCACUAGCGCACUACUUCAUCAACAGUUCGCAUAAUACCUACCUCACCGGCCAUCAGAUCACCGGCAAAUCCAGUGUGGAGAUAUACAGGCAGAGUCUUUUAGCUGGCUGCAGAUGCGUCGAACUAGACUUCUGGAACGGGCGAACAGAAGAGCCGGUUAUCGUCCACGGCUACACCUUCGUGCCUGAGAUCAGCGCAAAAGAAGUCUUGGAGGCCAUCGCCGAAAGCGCCUUCAAGACUUCGGACUACCCUGUGGUGCUGAGUUUCGAGAACCACUGCAACCCGCGGCAGCAGGCCAAGAUAGCCAACUACUGCAGGGACAUAUUCGGGAGCAUGUUGCUAGACAGGCCUCUGGACUCGCACCAACUGGAACCAGGAGGGGAACUACCACCACCAUCGCUACUCCGGAACAAGAUCAUUAUCAAGAAUAAGAAAAAACAUCACCAUCAUCAUAAAAAGGAAGAUUCGAUCGCGUCGGAAGAGAGCGAGCCCCAACCAGAACCGCCUCAAGGCAAUGGAGAGAUCUCGCAUGGGACGUUGGCGCGACAAGGCUCCAAGGAUUCCUCGUCGUCGUCCGACUCGGACAGUUCGUCGGGGGAGGAGGAAGCGGGGGGAGGGGAAGCAGACGAACCUCGUGAGACGCACGCGGGCGCUGAGAUAUCCGCGCUCGUUAACUACGUGCAGCCCGUGCAUUUUAGCUCCUUCGAGAGUGCCGAGAAAAAGAAUCGUUUCUACGAGAUGUCGUCGUUCGACGAGAAGCAAGCAACGACGUUGCUAAAGGAGCGGCCAAUCGAGUUCGUCAACUACAAUAAGCAUCAGCUAUCGCGAGUGUACCCCGCUGGGACGAGGUUCGACUCCUCCAACUUCAUGCCACAGGUGUUCUGGAAUGCAGGCUGCCAGCUGGUGGCGCUCAACUUCCAGACUUUGGACCUGGCUAUGCAGCUCAACCUUGGCACUUUUGAGUACAACCGCCGUAGCGGGUACCUACUCAAGCCGGAGUUCAUGCGACGGAAGGACCGCCGCCUAGACCCGUUCGCGGAGAGCACAGUCGACGGCAUCAUCGCCGGCUCCCUGUCCGUCACCGUGCUGUCCGGACAGCUGCUGACGGACAAGCGCUGUGGUACCUACGUCGAGGUCGAUAUGUUCGGACUACCCGCCGAUACUGUCCGCAAGAAGUUCCGGACUAGAGUGGCGCCUAAUAACGGGAUUAACCCCGUGUAUGGCGACGAGCCGUUUGUCUUCAAAAAAGUGGUGCUCCCGGAGCUGGCGAUGCUGCGGAUCGCGGCUCACGAGGAGAGCGGGCGGCUGGUGGGGCACCGCGUGCUGCCCGUGGUGGGGCUGUGCCCCGGAUACCGCCACGUCAACCUGCGGACAGAGCUGGGUCUACCGCUGCCAGCCAGCCUGCUGCUGCUGGUGGUUGUCAAGGACUACGUUCCCGACCGGCUUUCUGAGUUGGCGGAAGCGUUGGCCAACCCCAUCAAGUACCAGAGCGAGUUGGACAAACGCGAGCACCAACUGGCCGUGCUCACUGAAGGCACCGACGCGCCGCCGCCCGCGCAGCCGCCGCGGCCUGAGGCUCCGCACAUUGUGACGCACCCUAUCAAACAAGAGAGUACGACGGAUGGCAGUCCAAGCAAGUCGUCUCUCAUCAUGGCGGAGACCAAGAAGCUGAUCGAAUGCGAGGCGCUCGCGUCCGUGCCGCCUGCAGACAAGGAAGCACAAGACCAAUCAGAUAACAAAUCCAACGGCGGCUCAGACGAGUCGCUAGCUGAAACGCUCGAAGCGCUUCUUUCAAGCGAAUUAGUCCGAAAGAAGCGCGCGGAACUCUCACGCAAGCUAGACGCGCUACGGCGGAAGCAAGACAAGGAAAAACGGCCAGUCUCAGCUAAAUUCUACGUCAGCAACAAACUAGUCAAGAAGCUCUCUUCUAAGAAUAUCUAUAGUAGCACAGAAGCCAGUACGAGCGAGGAGCCGACCGGCGCUGGGACCGUGACGGAAGGUAGCGUAGAGCGCGAGUUACGCUUGCGUUACCACCAUACCAUCUUCGCCGCGCUGGAGAAGCAGCUACGGUCCGACCAGCAUCACCAGAUGAAGGCGCUUACGGAUCUACUGGAAGUUGAAAAGAAGGAAAUUUUGAACCGACUAGCAAAUUCACGGAAGGAGGAUGUCAAAGCGUUAGCGAAAAAGACCAAUAGAGACAAGGAUGAAAUAUUAAGGAUAAAGAGAGAAAUACAUUCUCAGUCGGUGGAGCGCGGCGUGGCCGAAUGCUCGCGGCUGGAGCAGGCGUACGCGCGCCGCCGCGAGCAGCUGGCGCGCACGCACGAGCGCCUCCGCGCGCUGCUGCAGCGCCACCGCGACCAGGAGCUGGUGGAGCUAGAGCGCGUGUGUGGCGGCGCGCCCGAGGGCUAG